AUGUCAUCGUAUAAAAAUCAGUUUAAUGAGAAUUCAACGCUCGAGCACCCAGUCAAAGUUGGUUCUUCAACAAGUGUUAAUGAUGUAAAGGAUAUCGAAAUAAAUGAUGAAACAACUAGUUUAUUGCCUCGACAACAAGGAAUUGAAUUAGUCAAAAAAAAGAAAUUUUUUAGAAGAAAUAAUAUUAUCAAAGGUCUUAUAUUGGUUGCUUUCAUUUCGUCAUUUAUAGUACUUUCAUUGGUUUUUAGAAUUCAAGAUCACAUUAAUGAUUAUUUAAAAUAUGUUGAAAUUCAUAAGAAAUAUGGAAUAUUGUUAUAUUUAACUAUUUAUAUUAUUUCAGGGCUUGUUAUUAUUAUUGGUGAUGUAUUAGCAGCACUUGGUACAUUUUUGUUUGGAAAGUAUAUAUUUUCGGAUUGGGUGGUGACUCAAGUUGAAAAAAGACCAAUGUUUAAAGCUUUAAAUGCUGUGAUAGCAGAAGAAGAUUGUAGUGAUGUUAAGUUAUUGACAUUUCUUUGGGCAACUGUAAUUGGUGUAAUUCCAGGAACUUUUAAUGCUGUAUGGAUUGGAUCAUUGGUUAAAAGUUUGAGUGGAAUUGAUAAACCAAAUUUAGAAAAAAAAGACAUUGUCAUUAUUACAAUGAAUUUUAUUAUUGCUGCAUGUUGUGUAAUUGCAUUGUCUAUAUUGGGUAAAAGAUCUUUAAGAAAGGCAAUGGUGAAAUUAGAAGCUUCGAGAGACACAGAAGAUGAUCAAGGAAAUCCACCAAUAAAUGUUCCAAAAUCAAAUAUUGUGGUGGAUGAAGAAUCAAUUCUAAAUUCUAGAGCAGGAAAAUUCACAUUUAUCGAAAAAAUUGUUUUGACAGUUAUAAUAACAAUUGCUUUUCUUAAUUCAAGAUUUUCACAACCAAAUUCCUCGCGAAAAUAUAAACAUUCAAGACAAAAAAAUUUUCCAACAAAGGAUCGUGCCAUACUCGAUCUAAAAGUUCAACGAGACAAAUUAAAACAAUAUCAGAAAAAGAUUAAAGUAGUUGCAGAUAAAGAAACUGAAAUAGCAAAGAAAGCAUUAAGUCAAGGAAACAAACGAACAGCUUUAUUAGCUUUAAGAAAGAAGAAAUAUCAACAACAAUUAUUAGAGAAAACUGAUACACAAUUAUUUAAUUUAGAAGAAUUGACACAAUCUAUAGAGUUUGCAUUGGUGGAAAAAGAUGUUUUUGCAGGAUUAGAAAAAGGGAAUUCAAUAUUAAAAGAAAUUCACAAAGAAAUUUCAAUUGAAAAAGUAGAAAAAUUAAUGGAAGAGACUGAAGAUGCUAUAUCAUAUCAAAAUGAAAUUGAAGAGUUAUUAAGCAAAUUUUCCAAAGUUCCUGAUACUCAACUUCCUACAGUCGAAGAAAAUCUUGUUGUUGAUCAAGAAGAACAACUAGAAACAAAAUUAAAACCUGAAAAAGCAAAAUCUAAAAAGAAACUGGAAGCUCCCUUAGAGGCAGCUUAA